AUGCCAUAGACCGAGUCUUAACUUGUUACCCAUUUACUAAACCAUUACUUGUAAGAUCAAAUAAUCCGAAUAAUCCCCUAGACGGGGCAAAAAUAAUAACAAGACAGGAGCCUAAGUUUAAGUCAUCAAGAUCAAACGGAGGAAAAAUUUCUAUACAAAAAGCGAGCGAUCUCAAAAAGAUUUUCGAAAAUAUAGAGGAUCCACUUGCGACGCAUAAAACAGAAAAAACCAAAUCAGCAGUGAAAUCUGAAAAUAAAGAGAGUGAUGAGAUAGAAGAUGGACAAAUUAUGGAGACGGUGGUGAAGUGUGAUAAUAAUGGAAAACGUAAAGUGGAGGAAGUGGAAGAAUCAGUAAUAGACAAUAAUAAAAAAAAACAAAAAUUGGAUAAGACGGAAGGAGGGGCUGAAAUUCCGGAAGAAUUAAC